AUGAUGACACCGCCUCGGAAGAAAGCACGCAGCGCCGUGCUGCGCAGACACCACGCCUCAUCACUCAGCGCAGCCACUACUCUGGUGGCUGUGUUCCUCCUCCUCGUCGCUCGCGCAUCUGACACGCAAGCGCUGCAUGUGAGCCCAGCGUCCGCAGAGGCUCCGAUAUGGAGCGGCAUGGAUGUGUUCGUGCCAUCUGAUUCGUACUCAGACCCGAUCACGUGCUUCAACGGCGGCAUCCCUGCCGGCAACCACUGCACCUGUCCACUCUACUACACCUCGGCGAACUGCUCGCAGCGGCAGUGUCCCAACUCCAUCGGCGGCGUAGGGCCGCACCGUGUGUUGCCUGUGAACUCGACGAACAAGUUCUGUGAUCACUGCGACGAAAAGGAAUUCACCGGCCUCAGCUGCCAGAUAUGCCAGAGCAACGAGGCUUGCAAGCAGUACGCCGGGAACUCUGCUGAGUGCAACAGACGCCCGUCCGUCCGCAGUGACAGCAAACAGUUCCAGUGCACCCUCCAGAACGAGUUCUUCGUUCGACUCAUGGGUGGCAACCGCACCAUUACCGUAGAGGCCAUGCUAAACUGCUCCACACCAGACGGCACCGCCUUACAGAAGAGUGACCAGGGUGUGUGCAACAUGGCCGUCUAUCGCAUGGAGCCGAACCACAGCUACGUGGAUGCUUUUUUCCGCUGCAAUGCGACUGGGUGCUCGGUCAAGUAUGGCCAAAAAGACCCUGACCCUAACGACACAAGCAACAAUACGCUGCGGCUGCGCUUUUUCCGCGUCGCUCGCACCUCUGGACAGGUGGUGCUCAUCGUCGAGUGCGCUUUGCUCGCGCUUCUUGGGGCCUUCACAGCACUGCUGGGGCCCCGCCGCACCAAGCGCAUCACUGUGAUUCUCGCCUCCGUGAUCACCGUCACAGUGCUCCUGUACAUCGCCUUGAUGAUGCUCAGCAUGCGUUCCAUCUCCAUCCCGAAGGAGACCGUCAUCUACGACUGCCGGAAGACGAGUUGCGCCUGCGCCGAGGACCCGCCGCCGCAGUACGACCCGAUAUGCUCACAAAAAGUGGAGUUGAGUAACAUCAUCCUGCCAUCGAUCAAGAACAGUAUUAGCUUUGCCUGCGAGCUGAACAGCUCGCUCUGCGAGCUGACGCUGGCGGAUCUCGCGCUGGUGUUUCAGGCGGACUGCAGCAUCUCCGAAUGCGUUGACACCAUCCGCUUCCCUGAUGACUCGUCAGACGACAGCAGCGACCGCAGCGGCGCUGCCAUCCUGGCGAAGCUGAAUCUCGGCAUCCUUCUCGUGCUGCUGCUGCUACUCUUGGUGAGCGGGGUUGGAACUCAUUAUUACUACACCCGCAGCAUCUCCUACGAGCGUGACAAGGAUUUCCUCGUCACCUUCCACGUGAACACGCUGGAGGACGACGACGGCGACCUCCACGAGACUGGCUCAACUGUCCUCGAUGAGCGCCACGUGCACCUGAACGGCAACACCGCUGAACACGAGCCGGAGCCGCUCCUGAACAACUCACCGGCCCCGCACCCCGAGCGUUCGGCCCUCCUUCCACAGGAUGCUCCCAGCAGCCCUCACUCUGAGGACAACGUCUCUAUUACCACGAGCGUGUAUGAGCAGGCGCGCGCCUUGACGCCAGCGGCGUACACGCGCAUUGAGGAGCUGCGCCGGCUUACCGCCACACAGCUGGAGCUGCAGGUGUCAGACCUGCAGUAUACCUUGAAGACGCCUCUGCUGGGGGCUGCGGACGAGGGCUCUCAGCGCACGCUCCUUCACCGCAUCAACUUCACAGUGCACUCGGGGGACGUGCUGGCUAUCAUGGGACCCUCCGGUGCCGGUAAAACCACGCUGCUGGACUUGCUCUCGGCUCGCGCUAAGUCAGGGAAGGUUAGCGGCACGAUUGCCCUGAACGGCACGCCAAUCAAGACGACCGGUUCCCGCGCGGCACAAUACCGCAACAUCAUCGGCUACGUUUCCCAGGAGGACACGCUGCUGCCGUCGCUGACUGUGGAGCAGACAAUCUUCUACGCCGCACGACUGAAGCUGCCGAAGGCCCUUUCACACAGCACUGUGCGCCGCAUUGUGACGCGCGUCAUCGAGACGCUGAAGCUGCAGCACUGCGCACAGACACUCAUUGGUGGCGAUACGACACGCGGUAUCAGCGGGGGCGAGAAGCGCCGCGUGUCUAUCGCUGUUGAAUUACUGGCGAACCCGCGCAUCCUGUACCUUGACGAGCCGACGAGUGGCUUGGACGCGGUGAGCGCGAAGCGCGUAGUGGAGGCGGUGGUGGCGCUGGCGAAGGACUCGCCGAUGCGCAUGUACGCCACGCACUACUUUGCGUUCCGGCCCAUCGUCAUCUUCAGUAUCCAUCAACCCUCACAAGAGAUCUACGAGCUUUUCGACAAGGUGCUGCUGCUGUCGCGGGGAAUGAGCAUCUACUGCGGCCCUGCUUCGUCCGCCGGUGCGACUAUCGAGCGGCGCGUCACGGCCGCCUUCGGCCACACGCGAGAGGUACCGCGAAGGGAGGCGCACAACAACCAGGCGGAAUACCUUAUGAAGGUCGAAGAGAUUCUCGACGACGCCGUGCGCGCGGAACUGCAGGAGGAGGACACGCUCGAGAACACCAAUACCGCAGGUGCGCAGUACGAAAGCGCCUCGGUCGACAGGUCUCCACUGGCCGGGGCUCACACGCAGGUGCCGCCGUGCCGAAGUCCCGGGUCACCGUCCCCGCACGCGCCGUCGCAGUCCGGCAGCUGCCCUGGGUUCAACGAUGACGGUGAGCAGGUAAGCGGGGCCGAUAUCCUGAGCACCACGUUUGGCUUCCGCAUGUACUACGCAAACGUAUAUGAGCAGAUGCACCUACUCAUCUCUCGCUCUAUCACGUGCCUGUUCGGUUCCUUCCACCUGGUGGUAUGCCACUCGGCCGUGGUGGCGUGCCUUGCGACGCUCAUGUGUGUCCUCUACCACGAGCAGGCCCUUGAUCUGCCCGGGGCGCUCAACCGCGCCGGCUCGGUGUCUUUUCUCCUGCUCGUCACCUCCUUCUUGUCUCUUAGCUGCCUUGAGCAGUUCAUCGUCGAGCGGAAGCUGUUCAACGUGGAGCGGGAGAAUGGCUUCUACACCACAUGCCCAUAUCUCAUCUCCAAGAUCGUCGUGGACAUCAUCCCGCUUCGCAUUGUUCCAGCCAUGGUGCUCGCUUCGGUCAUCUACUUCCCGAUGGGCUUCCGCGUCGACGCAGGACAGCACUUCUUCUACUUUAUCUUCAUCAUCGUGCUCUUCUCCAUCUGCAUGACGAUGGUGGUCCUGUGCAUCGGCAUCGUGAGCGGCUCCUUCGGCGCCGCUGCGCUGCUCAGCAGCGUCUUGAUCCUGUGGAACUUCGUUUUUGGCGGUGAUCUGGUGCAGGCCGAGACGAUCCCGCCCCCGCUGCGCGCCUUCAAGUCCAUUUCGCCCUUCUUCCUCGCCUUCGAGUCGCUCAUGGUGAACGAGCUCAACGGGCAGCACUGCGUCUUCUCCCCGACAGACGAGGCAGGGAAGAAGUCGUCGGAGAGCAUUCCCAUUAUGUGUGUACAGUACCUGGCAAACAUCGGCCUGAAGCCGGAUCGGUUCAACAUCGAUGUAAUGCAGCUGGCGCUGUACUGCCUCCUUUUCGUGGGCCUCUCCUGGAUCUUGCUCUCAUGCUUCUCGAAGCUCGUUCGCUAG